AUGUUUUCGCGUGGUGUUCUUCGAGCAGCCGCACAGAGCUCCCGUCACUUUGGUGCUCGAACGGUAACGCGAUCGCCGGUGUCGGCCCAGCCGCAAAUCAACCUGGACGGUCGACGAUACGUUUCGGUGUAUGGCUACACACAGGCAAAGGCGUUGAUUUACUCGAAAUAUGGCGAGCCUAAAGAUGUUCUUCGUCUGCACAAGCACUCGAUCUCGGCCCCGCACGCCACUCAAGUAAACCUGCGUCUCCUCACGGCUCCAUUAAACCCAGCCGAUGUGAACCAGAUCCAAGGUGUCUAUCCCAGUAAACCUCCCUUCCAGUCGGCGCUGGGGACGGCGGAGCCUGCCGCGGUGGGCGGGAACGAGGGCGCGUUCGAGGUGCUGUCGACGGGCUCCGGCGUUAAGAACCUCAACAAGGGUGAUUGGGUCAUCAUGAAACGGACAGGCCAGGGAACCUGGCGUACGCACGCCCAAUUGGACGAGUCGCAGUUGAUCAAGAUCGAGAACAAGGAAGGCCUAACGCCGCUGCAGAUCGGUACUGUCAGUGUGAACCCCAUCACUGCGUACCGCAUGAUCCGGGAUUUCUGCGAAUGGGACUGGAUGCGCGCAGGCGAGGAAUGGCUUAUCCAAAACGGGGCCAACAGCGGUGUCGGCCGCGCGGCCAUCCAGUUGGGCCGGGAGUGGGGGAUCAAGACGCUCAACGUCAUCCGACAGCGGAAGACACCUGAGGAAACAGAGGCGCUUAAGCAGGAGCUCCGGGACCUGGGUGCUACCGCUGUCGUGACUGAGGAAGAAAUGCUCACUGGAAACUUCCGCGACAUGGUCCAUGAAUUCACGCGUCAAGGCCGCGAACCCAUCCGCCUGGCCCUGAACUGUGUCGGUGGGAAGAGUGCCACCUCGCUGGCGAAAACGCUGGCACCCAAUUCGCACAUGGUGACCUACGGGGCCAUGUCGAAACAGCCGGUGGCGCUGCCGUCGGGCUUGCUGAUCUUCAAGAACCUUGUAUUUGACGGGUUCUGGGUUAGCAAGUGGGGUGACAAGAACCCGGAGCUCAAAGAAAACACUAUCAAGGACGUGUUGCAGCUGAUGCGUGUUGGUCGAUUCAAGGACAUCCCUGUGGACCAUGUCCAGUGGAGUUGGGAGACUGAGGGCCCAACGCUCGCGGAGAGCGUGCAGGGCACCCUGGGAGGAUUCCGCAGUGGAAAGGGUGUCUUCACUUUCACUGGGGGUGACUGA